AUCGGCAGAAGAAGACGACGACGUCAGCUCCGAGCACUCGUUCUCCUGCUGUCCUCCGACAAAGCGAUUUUUUUCGCCUUGACGUUCCCCGAAGAUACAAGGCGUUGCUGGUCUCGGCGUGUCUAUCCCGCAUACUGACCCUGUCCUCACCGUCGAGACCAGCCACCGGACGUCUUCGCCUUCAAUACGCCACCUGCGCUUCAUACACCAUGGGUGAUGAACAGGGCUCCGGUGGAGAUGAAAACGAUUCCCCUGCUGCUGCUGCUGCUGCUGCUGCUGCUGCUGCUGCUGCUGCUGGCCAGGUGAACUCUACCGCCGGGCUCGCCGUCGCUGCCCCAGCGGUACCCGCAGCGCUGGUUCCAGCCACGGGGAUGUCAGCCUUCACGAUCCUGGCCGGCAUCGCCACAAUCCUAACAGUGGGCGUGGUUGCCAUCGCUCUCACUUGGUAUCUCUUGAAAGAGACGCCAGCCGAAAAGGAGCCGCCGAAACCACUGACGAUUACUAAGAAGUUGACCCCGUUGCCGCCCACGUUGCCGCCCACGUUGCCGCCCGCGUUGCCGCCCACGUUGCCGACCACCCCCAGCUCGACGACGACAGUUGCACCAGUCGUACGAGGGCCGCCGAUGAUCUGCACGUACAACAUUCGAAAAUAUACAGCGCGUUCACCACUCCCUGCUGACGGCUUUUGUGACCAGAUAUACCUAGACUCUGUGUGCAAAGACCCGCCCUGCAGCCCAGGUGUACCAUGGAGCCCCACAGGAGCUAUCACUGCGUUUCUCGACGCUGCUAAAGAAGCAAGAACGAGGAACAAGAGAACAAGGCUGGGCCUGGCUUUCGACUCUCAUGCCAGUGACAGCUUAUCGAUAUUCGACACUGACGAUAAGAGGAAACUAAUCACCGAGGAUCUGUGGGACACUUACAAAUGUUCCUACUAUGCAUCCCUUCAAAAUAACAUCCGCUCGUUCAGCAUUGUGACGCUGGCAGCGGGACUAUGGAACCGACUGCGUUUCUUAAGAAAGCAACUGGAGAGCCUUAGUGGAGUGCAAAACGAUUUCGGGUUGGUGCUGGGUGUCACGAGUACGGACAUACCAAGGAUGAUUCACAAAGUGCUUGAAGACUACGUGAGCACUCCACCGUACUGGACUAAUUUUAUUAUCAUCAGCCACACAUCAUUCGAAAACUACGCCCUGCCACCAUACAAUGAUAAAGCCAGCUUUGAUUUGACGAACUGUUAUAUUGUGCCACCUACUAUACAUAAUUACAGCAGUCACUACAACCAGACCUACUACGGCACUUUGGAGGACUCAUCGAAGUUCCUGCAAAUACUUCUGCAUGCGUCCCAGAAGGUUCCGGUAUCGGUGUCGGUGACGUUGAAAGGCCGCUGGUUUACGUCAAAAGCGCCCGUAGACGAAAACAGGGAGAUUUUCAAGAAGUGCACGAAACUAAACGAAACCACGGACGCACCACCGAACUCUGUCUGCUAUUCCAAGCCUCAAGGCAAAUACUUCUAUAACAAAAACUAUGAGUCAGCGUUUUACAACGAGAGUACUCGGGUCUUUACGUUUGACACGGAAGAGGCACUGAGGGCUAAGAUGUGUGCCUACAAGGAAAGAGUAAAAAAUUUAAACUUCACUUUCGCCGUGUACGACAUUGAUGCCGACAAGCCCUUGGCCGCGUGCAAUGAAACCAAAUACACGGGCCAAUACAAGAGGCUGAGGCUGCUCCGCAAGCUGAUGGACUUCAUGCAGAAGUACACCGACAAGAAGGACUGCGAAAGACUAUACUAGCAAAUGUUUCCAGUGGCUGUGGUGCGUGGCGUAGGGAAUAGACCUGAUGCCGGAUCGUCUACUAUGAUUAUUCGUAAAGACUGCACAUUGCUUUUGCGUGUAUAUACCUCUUUCUUUUAUAAUCUAGCUACCCUAUGUUAUUCAGCCACCUGUACACUGUAUGUUUUUUUCACAAAACGUUCCUUUAUUAUUAUUACCUUAGUUUCAUAAGAUAUUCCGUGUUUAAAGACUCGAUUGUGUGAUAAAAUACGUCGAUCAU